AUGGCCCCCCAGCUGUCUGUGGGGGGGUUGCAGCCGGGGGGCCUUCUAGGGAUAGAGGGGGGGGGCCUCGCCUCGUCUCCGUACUUGCUGGGGGCCCCCCUGCACAACUGUGGGGCUGUACAAGAGGGGGAGCAGCUAGCAGCAAGAGACGAAGAAGAAGAGUAUGAGUUGCUGCAGUCAACUGCAGCAAUGGGUUCAGCCCGUGUACGCUCUGCUGAUAUGCUGGGCUCAGAUGCUGUUGCUGCAGCACUUGCUGCUGUUGGUGUGGGGGCCCCCGGGGGCCCCCAAGGAGACCCUAAAGAUGCUGUUGCUGCAGCUCUUGCUGCUGUUGGUGUGGGGGCCCCCGGGGGCCCCCAAGGAGACCCUAAAGCUGCUGCUGCUGCUGCAACACUAGACACGCCCCCUGCAACUGCUUCUGCUGCUUCUGCUGCUGUUGCUGCUGCUACACAAAUGGGGUUCGAUGAAGAGGAAGAGGGAGAAGGCCAGGAGGAGUGGGGAGAAGGGGGGGGUAUUGCUGCAGCAGCAGCAGCAGGUGAUGCAGCAGCAGCUGCUGUUGCUGCUCGGGUGUCUAGACAGCAGCAGCAGGCACUAGGAAACUACUGGCAGCAGCCGCUGCUGUGGCUCAAUGCUGAAGAAGCAGCAGGAGAAACCCUCAGCCCCGAUGGAGCUGUCUCUGAUGCUGCGCUGCUGCGCUGCUGGGCUUUGCUGCUGCAGUGCUGCUGCCGCCUGCUGCAGCAGGAGUUUGGUGUCUCCGAUCUCCUUGAGGUUGAGGCUAGAAGGGUGCUGCUGCAGUACUUGGGCUUUCUGGCUCGCCACGAGCUGCCGGUGGAGACAUACUUCUGCAGUGUCUCCUCCAACGUUAUAAAGGGCGGGAAGGAUUGUCUCUCAUGCGCAGCAGGUGGCGGAGGAGCUGCAGCAGCAGCAGCAGCAGCUGCAGCAGGACCCCUCUGUCCCUCCGUUGCUGAAGACAGACCCCGUCUCCACCCGCAGCAGCAGCAGCAGCAACAGCAGCAGCAGCAGCAGCAGCAGCAACACCUACAACAACAGCCCAGGCUACUGCUGCUGAUGAUGCCCCUCCUCAUGCGGGGGCCCCUCGGCCUGCUUUGA